AUGAUUCGGAAUCGGCCUUCAGCCUUCGGCCAUCAGCCUUCGGCCAUCGGCACCUUCCAUCAUUCGGCGCGUACGAUGUCUUCACAUCCCCCAAUGAUUCGGAAUCGGCCAUCAGCCUUCGGCCAUCGGCACCUUCCAUCAUUCGGCGCGUGCGAUGUCUUCACAUCCCCCAAUGAUUCGGAAUCGGCCUUCAGCCUUCGACCAUCAGCACCUUCCAUCAUUCGGCGCGUGCGAUAUCUUCACAUCCCCCCAAUGAUUCGGAAUCGGCCUUCAGCCUUCGGCCAUCAGCCUUCGGCCAUUCAGCCUUCGGACAUCAGCCUUCGGCCAUCAGCCUUCGGCCAUCGGCACCUUCCAUCAUUCGGCGCGUGCGAUGUCUUCACAUCCCCCAAUGAUUCGGAAUCGGCCUUCCAUCUUCGGCCAUUCAGCCUUCGGCCGUUCAGCCUUCGGCCAUCAGCCUUCGGCCAUCGGCACCUUCCAUCAUUCGGCGCGUGCGAUGUCUUCACAUCCCCCCAAUGA